AUGGAAACAUUACAACAGUUUUUCAUAACUGUAAUUGCAACUUUUGUUAUAUUUAUCCUUUUUGCAAGAAUUACUAUUGCUACUUCUACUCACAAUCAUGGUCAUCAUCAUAAAUUGAAGUCCAGUAUAAAUGAGAAAAGUGGUACUAAAACAAAUACCAAGAAAAAAAAAGUUCGGUUUGCUAUUGACAAUGAUGAUGAAUAUGUUGUCAAUAAGGUUAUCCUUGAACCAUCCGAAACACAAUCAGUUGUUUUCGACGAGCCAAUGGAAGAUGAUCUUGUCAUUGACUAUGAUCAGACCGAAAUGAGUAGUGUUGGAGAAAAUGUAGGUAGUUGUAGCAAGGAUGAGAUUAAUUGUGUGAAGUUAGUGUGUGAUGAGAUUGAUGAAGAUUUGAAAGAGAAAGAAGGGUUGGUUUCGGACGAAGAUGAUGAUUCUUUAGAUGAUGGUUGGGAAGGGAUUGAGAGAAGUGAAUGGGAGAAAGCGUUCGUGUUUGCUUCAAGUUAUGGUCAUCUUGAUGAUAAUUUGAAAAGUUUAGAAGGUGAUGCUCAACCUAUGGCGUUGUAA